UUUUCCUUUGUUUUUUUUUUUUGAUAUUUUUUAUUCAUUAUUCUGGAUCUGAAUUAGAUUUCGAUUUGGUAAAUUAAUUCUGUAGAAAAUCUAAAGAAAAGUGUAAAAGUCAUGAGUCAUCAUCGAUAUGAUCAUUCAUCAUCAUCGCCAACAUUUUCAACAAAACCAAAUCGAUCUUUAUUCAUAAAACGUGUUCCAUUUCAAACAAGAUGUCAAGAUUUACGUUCAAUUUUUGAAGAAUUUGGUUCAAUUAAAGAUGUUUAUAUACCAAGAGAUUAUUAUACGGGAAGAAUUCGUGGUUUUGCCUAUGUUGAAUUUGAAAGAAUUAAGGAUGCAGAAUAUGCAAUGCGAAAAUUGAAACAUGUUCGUUUAUGGGGCCAUGAAUUACAAGUAGAAUUUGCACAAGGAGAUCGAAAAACUCCAACAGAGAUGCGAAUACGUAAUAAACAUGAUAAUGGAAAACGUUCAUCGAUUUCUCGUGAUUAUCGUACGGAAAGAAAUUAUCAUCGUCGUAAUCGUUCAAGAUCACCAAGUCAUCAUAAUCAUCAUCAUCAUCAUCAAAAAAGGCGAUCAUUUAGUCGUUCAAGAUCUCGUUCACCACCGUUACCACCGCCGCAACAAUCAUCAUCAUCAUCAUUUAAAACAUAUAGACCAACAAGUCCAAAGCCAAGCUAUGAUCCAAGACUUUUUCUUUGAAAAUUUUAUGUUUUUUUUCAGAAAAAAAGUCCAUAACAAUUUUCUUAUAAAAUAAACAAAAUUAGAAAU